AUGGAUUUGGCAAGAGAUUAUUUGUCCCGUUUACGAAGUAAGUGCGGUGAGGAUACAGAGCUUUACCAGGAAUUUCUCAGAAUAAUGAGAGAUUUCAAGCAUGGAAGCAUUAAUGCAAGAAUGGUAAUAGAUCAAGUUGCAGAGCUUUUUAAAAAGGAUACAAGUCUGAUAGCAGAAUUUAAUAAUUUUCUUCCAGAAGAACUUAGACUUCAAAUUCCACAAAAUGAUUGUGAAUAUGCAGCAGCUUUUGUUAAGAAAGUUAAAGAUGUCGCUCCAGAAAUAUACAACGAUUUUCUAUUAUUACUAGGCAAAUAUAAGGAUGGAGAGAAGUCUGUUAAUGAGGUUUGCGAACUAUCAUCUUCACUAUUUGCUUCAUAUCCUGAUUUACUGAAAGAAUUUGUGUUGUUUAUUCCUGAGCUAUCGGGAAAGGCGGAGUCUUUGAUGCAAUCAAAUAAACAGUCUGCUGGAAACAAUUUGUCAGAUUUACAAAAUGAUUUCUUAGAUAAAUCUGAAUUUUUAAGUUAUUUAGCAAGCACCGUUCAUUCAAUUACAACAAAGAGUGAACCGCCAAAGGUUGUAACAAGAAGGGCUUCUUCAACUCUUCCAUAUGAAAUGACAGUGGUUCCUGAGUUGGAUAGGAUAUUGGAGAACCAAAAGAAGAGACUUUCAAGUAUAGAGGAAGGCGGUGAAAUUAAUGAUAAGUUAAAAUCAGAAAAUUUAAAACAAGGAGCUGGUAAUGUAAGAGGAUAUUCUUCUCAGAAAGGGGCUCAUCAGGGUUAUUAUUAUAACCCUGAAGAUUUGUCAAUUUGGGAAGCAGAUUAUCGAAUUUUCGAAGAAGUUUACAUAGCUUUUGGUGAUAAUUGCCAGGAUUAUUAUCAAGAUUUCUUAAAACUAAUACACCUAUAUACAAGAGGAGUCUUCACUGUUGUUGAAACUUUGUUAGCACUUGAGUUUUUCUUUCCUAUGGAUAGCGGAGACUUGCCUUAUGAAGUGAAGAGAAUGAUAGUGCAAAGAGAGUCAGCAAGGAGAAAAUACUCGUAUUUCUGCUGUAAUUUUGCACAGCUAGAUUAUUCAAACUCAGCCAGAAAUGGUAGUAGUUACCUUCAUUUACCUAAGGACUAUCCAAUAGCAUCAUGCACUGGAAGAAUUCAAAGUGAUAGGGAGAAUUUGAACGAUAAGUGGGUAAGUAUUCCUCAGGGUUCUGAAGAUUUUUCAUUUAAACAUAUGCGUAAAAAUGUAUAUGAAGAAAACCUUUUUAAAUGUGAAGAUGAAAGGUUUGAGUUAGAUAUGGUGAUUGAAAACAACAGGUCAACAAUAAACGUUUUGGAGCCAAUAGCGGAAGAAAUUAGUAAGUUAUCUCCGGAAGAUAAGAAGAACUUUAGGUUGGUUAAACCGCCUUUCUCAAUUAUCCAUCUCAAGGCAAUUUCAAGAAUUUAUGGAGAUAAUGGACCUGAAAUAUUGGAAUUACUUAGAAGAACACCAUAUAGUUGCAUUCCAGUCAUUUUGAAUCGACUCCGUCAAAAGGAUGAGGAAUGGACCCAUGCAAGACAUUUAAUGAAUCAAGGAGUAUGGAGAGAUAUACAAACUAAGAAUUACUUUAAAUCUUUUGAUCAUCGUUCAUUCUACUUUAGACAAGCAGAUAAAAAAAAUACAAAUGUUAAGGGGUUUUUGUGUGAUAUUAACAAGGCUUAUAUACAGAAUAGAAAAACAGAAACAGAGCCAAAUCAUAUUUCACAAAUGGGUUCUGGAAUUACAAACCCAAAAAUUGAUUCUGUAAUGAAAAAUAUCUACCAAGAUGGAUUUAAAGAAGGAAUUCAUCAGUUGAAUGAAACUGAAGAUAGGAAACUUAUGAACAAUUCUCUUAGAUUUAAGAAUGAAUCUAAUAGUUGGAGUGUGGAUUCAGAGUUUACAUCUCAAAUGCCAGAUUUAGAUGUUCAUAAGGAAGUAAUAGAGCUUAUUAGCUUUACAAUAUAUCGUCAGGCAAAUGGGCCUGCGGUUGGGUCAAAAGCUAGGAACUUUUUACAAAGAUUUGUUCGUUCAUUGUUUUUACAAACUGGAUACGGCUCUUUAGAUAAUGGAGUUGUAACUUUAAAGGAAUUGCAAAGCGAAGGAACACCGUUUAAAGCAGGAGUUGGCAAAAAUAUUCAAGGUUCCACUUCUAAUGGUAACUUCAGCUCAUCUUCAGUCAGUGGAACAGGAGAAAAGUCUUUACUUUCUGUAGAGGCAUAUGUAAAUGCAGUAACUGAAGGUAAUGGUUCAACUGGAAAUAUUCCGUUCAAUAGUGCUUCUAUGUCUAGAGGAAGAAGGAUGACCAGAAAUCAUUUAAGGAAGUCAAAUAUUUCAGGGCAUAUUUCCGAAGAUGUUAAAAGUAAGUCACAAAUGGGGGAUGAUGUAAUAGAUUCGGAGGAUCAAAAUGCUUCAAAGAUUUCAGACUUAAUGAAUAGAGUUGGUGAAUCCACCUCAAUUGAGGAUGCAAAUGCUGGAGGGAAUUCUUCAAACUCAAAUAAUUCCGAAAAUGCAUCUUCAAAUGAAGAAAAUGAUUUGAACACAAUUUUUAAAUCCUUCUCUUCAACGUAUGAUUGCAGAGGAGGACUGAAGUAUAUUUGGAGUGAUAAUUGUAAGGUGAAUUGGCAUAGUAAUAAUUUGUCUCCAGAUUGGUUUUAUUCAAAGAAAGUACAAUAUAACAGUGAGGGGAGGAGAAUAAGUAUUGAACCUUUGGAUGUGGGAGAACUUAAUAAAUUAUCGUCAUCUAAUGAUCCAGGAGAUAUGGUAAGGUAUAUCAUGGGUAAUGACCAUGUUUGCUGUUUUAUGAGAUAUUACCAGAUAAUAUAUGAACGUUUAAAAAAGGCGAAAAGUACUAUAGAGCAGCGUGAGCAAAAUCCUCUUCCAUUCCAAAGAUGGUCUCCCAAUGGCCCUGAUGUACCAAGACCAACAUACAAACAGGUAAUUUGGUGUUGUUUUGGACUUUUAUCUGGUGAAUUAGAACUCAGCCUAUUUGAAGAUAUUUGUAGAGAUGCAAUGGGAAAUGAUUCAUAUUGGCUUGGAACAAUAGACAAAGUACUACAGGGUAUUUCAAAAGUGGUUAUUCAUAUUGUUAAUGAUUUAGCUACUUGUAGGCUUAUGGCUAUGAAUUUAGCAUACAGAGAUACAGUAUUUGAUCACUAUAAAAAAUUGGAAGAGUUUAUAGCAGCAUGUAGAUCAUUACUUCCGACAAUCCAAACUUCAUUCUAUAUUAUUACUUGGUCACCUGGUAACUCCGUUUUGAAAAUUAGAAUGAGGCAACUGGAAGAUUAUCCCAUGACUUUUGCACCAUUUAUUCAGAGUGAUUCAAAUAAUAUUGAAAAUUUAGUUCAAAACAUGAAAAUCAAUAAUCAUAAAGGGGAAUUAUUUUCAUCUGUUUCAACAAAAGAAGAUAUGGAAGACAAACAAAUGGUAGAUUUGAGUAAAACAAAUGGACUAAGUCAAGAAUCCAAACCUGAAGUAGAAGAAGAGGCAGAAGAAGACGAUGAUUCAAAGGCUAAUGAUGAAAAUAAUAACGAAGAUCCGAAUAUUAAAUCUGUUAACAGUGGUUUAAAAUCAUUGUCAGAAAUGAAAUUAAUACCACCAGAAAGGACAUCAAAAUAUUUAGAUGUAGAGACAGACCAAGUUGAGGUUGGGCAAGCUGUUGAUUUGACUAAUCAUGUAGAACUUCUUCAGCAAGUAUUGGUUCAUCAAUUAACUAAUGUAAAUGAUGAAGCUAUGGACUCUUCUGAAAAUAUAAAAUUGGACCAAUUUUCAGAUAAGGAAAAUGUUAAGAUAUCCAAGUUAUUACAGAACAACCCAGUUUCAUUCUUUGUAUGUAUGGAACAAACAUUCGUAAAACCUUUAUUAUACUAUUCACCAAAAAUGAAGUUUAUUGCCAAGCUAGCUGCUUCUGCUCAGUGGUUAGGAUUCUUACCAGAUAAUAGCCACAGAGAUAUUGCAAGAUCCCCAUCAAUACUUCGUGAAUCCAAUUCAAAUAAUUCUAUUAGGCAUGUUAACGAACCAAGAAAAGCAAAUCGCAGAGGUUUAUUAUCCGCCGAAAACCAUAAUCAAACGGAUGAUGAUAAGGGACAUUGGUCUGAGGAAUCAGCAGAGUCUAAUAGUCGAACAAUGAUAUCUAAUAAUGCUGGACGAAAAGGAACAGGAAAGAAAAGAACCAGAGGAAUGCCGAGUGAUAUGGUUACUGAGAUUGAUGAUCUGGAUAUUAGAGUAACAAGAAGAAGAGCUGGAAACACUUCAAGAGGUGGAUUUAGAAGGUGA